UCUACUAUAAAGCUGGAUGUCGCUGGGAUGGUCGACAAAGCGGAAAAAGACUGGACUUGGAGCAGACAAAGUUUCACAAUGGAGUUUUGCAUAUUAGCGCUCUUUACACUUUUCUCCUCGUUUUACAACGUGUUGGCGCUGGCACCUAAAGGCGCGUGUCUCCUUCAAGUGGACGAGGGACCUUGCAGAGGAGAGAUCGAGCGCUACCACUACAACACUAUCACCCAAAAAUGCGAGAUUUUCUACUAUGGCGGGUGCCAAGGGAAUGCCAAUAACUUCAGGAGUUACCAGGAGUGCCAUAAGACAUGUUUCAGAAUACCAAAAAUUCCCCAAAUCUGCAGGUUUCCUAGAAAUGAGGGACCCUGCCGGGGCCUCUUUCACCGUUACUUCUUCAAUAUGACCACCAUGCAGUGUGAACCCUUCUCCUACGGUGGCUGCCAGGGCAAUUCCAAUCGCUUCCAUGACCUCACCACUUGCAAGGAGUACUGCAACCCACGAAAAAAUGUUCCCGUGCUCUGCCUGGACCCUGUGGACAAAGGGAAGUGUUCGGCCUCCAUUCCUCGGUAUUUCUACAACACAGCCACCAAGAUGUGCGAGGAGUUCAUCUACUCAGGCUGCGGAGGGAGCAGCAACAACUUUGUGUCGAGGCAGAGCUGCAUGGACGUGUGUGCCAAAGGAAGGAAAAAACACACAAGCCAAGGAAAAGGCCGUCGCAUGAGACGGAAUAGAUAUAAUCGCAUCACUUUCUUGCAGGCAUAGACGUCUGACACUCAGGGACUCUCACUUGGACAAGCCCUUAUUGGAAACUCACAUUAUAUAAACUGACUUUGUUUUGUUCUGAAAAUGACGACCAGCUCUUCCUUGUUGUUCGCGGAUGAGCUUUAGUGGCACAUAUACACAUCCACUGUAUUUGUAAUGCUUUAUGAGCAAAUGUGAUUUUCACUGUAUGCUGUCGAUGAAGUUUGUUACUACUGCACUAAUGUUCUUUAUUGUGUGUUUUGAUACUGUAAAUGUAUUUUUUUUGUAUAAGAAACACCUUAUGAUCCUGUGAUCCUUUAUAUUUACCUGUUUUAUAAGGACAUUUUUUAUAAAGAAAUAUAGUUUUAUGAAA